AUGAGGUAUGAUGGAACGCAAGACCCCCUGGAGCACCUGACGGCCUUCGAGGCCAGGAUAAACUUAGAAGGAGUAGGAGAUGAGGGCUCGGUGACCCAGUUCUCCGACAUCAGCCAUGCCUUCCUGGCUCAGUUCACAACCAGGAUCGCCAAAGCCAAGCACCCGAUCAACUUGCUAGGGGUGACCCAAAGAAUCGGGGAGCCGACCAGGAAGUACUUGGAUCGCUUUAAUGAUGAGUGCUUGGAAAUCGACGGGUUGACGGACUCGGUAGCGAGUCUAUGUUUGAGGAAUGGGCUCCUAAAUGAGGACUUCAGGAAGCACCUUACCACGAGACCAGUUUGGACAAUGCAGGAAAUCCAGUGCGUGGCUAAGGAGUACAUCAACGACGAGGAAGUCAGCCAGGUCGUGGCUGCCAACAAACGACAACCCCCUACAACCAAACCCGGCACUACGAUGGUGGAGAAAGACAAAAGGAACACGCUAGGGACGGUGGUUCGAGCAAGACGACAAAACCAUUUCCCCGAGUUGGGAAAUUCACCAACUACACCCCCCUCACGGCACCGAUCACGGAGGCCCCGGGCGACAAGACGACGUCAAGAGCCAGAGAGAGAAAACCACGGUCUCACGGUGGUAAAUGUGGUAACAGCGAGAAACUCCGCCCCGAGGUCGAAAUCAGCACAGAAGAAAGACGGCAAGGUCCUGGCGCUCUCCUCCUCAUCUGCUAGGAGUUCCCGGGGACACCCAUCCAUCUCUUUCGGCCCUGAGGACCAAUGGUUCGACGAGGUACCGGAAAGUCCUCCCAUGGUUAUUACGGCCAGAGUCGGAACCGGACUCGUCAAACGGAUCCUAGUGGACACGGGGGCAGACUCGAACAUCAUGUUUCGCAACGUCUUCGACGCCUUGGGACUUCGUGAUACCGACCUGGCUACCCACCAGCACGGUGUGGUAGGGUUGGGUGAUCACUUCAUCAAGCCAGAUGGGAUCAUCUCCCUACCGACCUCCCUAGGACAAGGACAGAGGCGGAGGACGGUAAUGGCUGAUUUUGUUGUCUUACGAGAUUCCACUGCUUACAAUAUCAUCUUGGGGAGAAAAACCAUCAAUGAUCUUGGGGCAGCGAUUAGCACGAAGCUGCUCGUAAUGAAGUUUGUCACGGAUGACGGAUCCGUGGGAUCCAUCAGAAGGGAUUUGGAAACGGCAGUCGCUUGCGACCACGCCAGUCUCUCUCUUAGGAAAAAAUCCAAAGAGGCAUCUGGGGUCUUCCUCGCCGACCUGGACGCCAGGAUAGAUGACAAGCCCAGACCUGAGCCGGAAGGGGAUUUGGAAAAAUUUAGGGUCGGUGAUGGGGACGAGAAGUUCACGUUCAUAAACAGAAACCUUCCCCAUGAAUAA